GUGACCGGCCGGAUACAACCAGCUAAUUCAUGUGAGCUAGGCAUGGCUGAAGAUGCAUUUGAUGAUCAGUAUGUGGGCUGUACUGAAGAAAUGGAGGCAAAAGCACCCCAGCUGUUAGAAGAAGAACUUAAAGUGAAUAGAAAUUUAAGAAAAGAAUGGGAAGAUGCAAUGGGACUAUGGGAGAAAAAGAAGAACAAAAUAGACUCUUCAAAAGGACUCAGUGAUUCCCAUGGAAUAGCUCUAGUCGCCUAUACUGGAAAUAUUGCAAUAGAAUUUAACAAAGCUGUAAGAAACUUUGGUCAAAAUAGAGGUAACUUUCAGUUCAAAGCCUUCCAUUAUUAUUUGACAAGAGCUCUUCAGCUUCUCAGGACAGGGGAGUGUUACACAGUUUAUAGAGGCUGUAAGACAAAGUUUGAUUACAGUGGGAAAGGAAAUGUACGUUUCGGCCAAUUUACCUCUUCAUCUCUCUCUUUAUUGGUAACUGUACCGUUUAUGGACAAUUAUGAGAGAACACUGUUUAACAUCACAACCUGCUUGGGUGUUAAAAUAGAAAACUUCUCUCGCUAUCAAUAUGAAAAGGAAGUGCUAAUUCCAGGCUAUGAAGUGUAUCAGGAAGUCAUCAAAAAAAACGAUUACAUUUCACUUAGGAAGCCCAAAAUAUCUAAGAGUAACUACAAUUGCUACUAUAUCAACAGCUCAGGUUUCGCCAAAGAUGAAGUUACGCUUCCUUAUCCCCAGAAAUGCACCCUAAGGAAGCCCUGCAAUGCAGACAGCUGGCGGCUUUCACAGUGGCUCUCGCGCUUCGCAUUGAAUCCUCACAACCACCUCAAGAAAGUCUGUUAUUCCUCCCCAUUUACAGAUGAGUAA